GACUCCGACUUUUCGGUUUCGUAUUCCCUAGCGAUAAUCUGAAGGACAGUUUCGGAACAGUGGUUACAAGUGUCUUGCAACAAAAUUUGACUUCUGUCAAAUUUUGCUUCAUCCAAAUUUUGGAUCACUGUUUUCCCCGGAUUGCGUCGUACCAGUUCUCGGGUACUUACCGAUCACUGUUUUCGGGUAUACCCUCUGGCUAUUUUCCAGCCAGACUCAGUGAUGAAACGGAGCAAGCGUUUUAUUUCAUCACGUUCCCCUUCUUCGUCGACACCGGCCUAUGCUCGCCACGGAGUGGGACACUCCCCGUUUCGAGACUCAGACACUGAUACUGACCAUUCGGGCUUUCAUACUUCCCCAUUGCUGUCGAAAAAUGGUCUGUCCAGUAUUCCUUACAACUCCCUGGAAGUGGAAACUCAUCCAGCCACAAAGAGUGUUGGGCUUUCUGAUAGUGUACACACGUUCGGCAGCCAUGAAACUCCUUCACCAGAUGGACGUCUUUUUGGUAUCGAUCUGUCAGAUCGAUCGAUUGGCAAGGGACAAUUAAGUGACCAUCUUCAACACAGUCUGUUAUAUGCCCGUCGUAUGGAGCAACGGGCUGCGCAUUUGUCAGCUCGACUGAAUCAAUCUGCAAAUCUUUCUAUGAGCCCUCGUUUGCUGUUCAGCCCCGAUCCGAACGCUUCUGCCCUCGACUCAGCUACUGAGCAGCGUCGUCGCUUGUCCGUCGUCGAUGAUUUGCACAUGCAAUCUUAUCUUAGCAUUAGCCAGCAAACUGCAUCCACUGUUGAACGCUACGCUCGUUUGGCCGAGAUUAGUCCAGACUUGCUGAACAAACCCACGCUCAAUCGCUUCACAACUCGUUUUGUCCCAGGCGAAAAGUCAACUGAAGAGAAGCCAGCCGGAAUUAAUCUGGUUUUCAACUGUAUGAAUCUUGCAGGAUCGUUUUCAAGCGUCACUGACAUCGCUCGUACCCGAUUGGCUGUGGUAUACAAGGCGAAGCACCGAUUAAGUGGGGUCCUUUAUUGCUUAAAGCGAUCACGAUGCGAUUUCGAACACGAUCGCCCCUCUGGCAGCUCAUCCUCCGAAAUGUUAAAUGAAGUUCAAGCACUCUCCCUACUUCAGCACCCGAAUAUAAUUCGUUACUACGGUUCGUGGUAUGAGGCGGAAUCGGUUUACAUCCAGCUUGAGUUUUGUCUUGGUGGCAGUCUGUUCCAGUUUCUGCAUCCUGAUCGGCAGCUGGACACCUCGGAUACGGUACCUCGGGCCACAUCUUUGGAAUUGCUUAACGGGUAUGCUGACGACUCGUCUCCUGUAGAUAUGCGGCGGAACGUGUUGUCUGAGAAGUUUUUGUACAUUUUGUUUGCUCAUGUGCUGAGCGCUCUUCACUAUAUGCAUACCAGUUGGUGUAUGGUCCACGGGGAUGUGAAACCUAGCAACAUAUUGAUUCAGCUUACUCGACCAGAGGCGUACUUAGCCUCUACUAAGGAUUCUGUCGAAGCGGAGGCCAUGAGCUAUUGUCACAAGUUGGUUCUCGCUGGGGAUACCACAGGUGUUCUUUUUAAACUCAGCGACUUUGGCCGCGCCUCACGUGCUGGCGAAGAUCGGGACGGGGACGAUCUCGGAGACGGCCGCUAUUUGCCCCGGUUGAAUGAUCCCAGUCCUCCGGCUAAGGCUGCCACUGGUCGCGACCUCUACGCUCUGGGUAUCACAGUUUAUCACGCAGCCGGUGGAUCAAUGUCGGCGUCUGUGUGGGAGCGUCUGCGCGAAACUGAGUGUUUACCGGAUCUAUCCGUACUCCCCGACUCACUGGUGCCUAUUGUCAAAGAUCUGUUGUGCCCCCUGGCACAGGAUCGUCCAACCGCCGCAGAGCUAAUAAAACACCCGCUAUUUCGUCCCUUCGUCACACUACUCCUGGACAAUAUCCCUCCACCAACUAUAAUGGAAGUGGACUGUCCGGUUGAAUGAACCCAGAGCUCCGAAAGUAACAUGCACUGCAUAUCAAACCUGCGCUUGUCCUGCUCCCUCAGGUUCAUCUUUUAUAUCAUUCCCACGCGUGGAAUUCGGUCACUUAUUGCCUCAUUGUGCGCGGCUUUCGCGCACUCCCUCACCAGUUAAUGGUUGACACGUUUCUCAGAUUUACGUUUCAUUUUUUCACUGUGCGUUCCACGGCACUUUUUGUAUGUAAACUUUAUUCGUAUCUAACACGAGCUAUCUAAUUCCC